AUAUUUCUAUUCUUGUCCAUUUUUCCUAUUGUACUGUUACUUGCUCUGGCUGCUUUCUCUGUAUAAAGACACAUUAGUGAAAGAAAAUGCCAAGCUCAGGCUCAUUCUUGAGGUAGCUAAGUGGCAGAGAAGCUUGGAGAUCAACAUCCAGGAGGUCGGGUUGUAAUAACCAAAACAACAUGCAUAGCAUUGCUGAAGGCGGUUUUAACUGGGGUUGCGAGACGAGUAUUAAGGAAAUGGAGGGCCUUAACAUGUAUGAUGGUGACAAUGGUGGGUUGGGUAUGAAAAAGAGAGUGAUGGUGGUUGUGGAUCACAAUUCUCACUCCAGGCAUGCAAUGAUGUGGGCUUUCACUCAUGCGGCUAACAAUGGUGAUUUGCUUACUCUGCUUCACAUUAUCCCUCCUGUCCACAAGGGUAGUGAAAGGGCUUCUGGCUCUGAUUCUUUUUCUCCUUAUCUUACUAAUUCUCUUGGCUCUCUUUGCAAGGCUUGUAAACCUCAGGUGGAAGUAGAAGCACUGGUAGUCCAAGGGCCAAGGCUGGCCACAGUGAUGAACCAAGUGAAGAAGCUGGAUGUUUCUGUCCUAGUAGUAGGCCAGAAAAAACCCUCUCCCCUUAUCAAUUGCCUAUGUGGAACGAGCAGCAGUGAGGAGUUCGUGGAGCAGUGUAUCAACAAUGUAGAUUGCCUGACUGUUGGAGUAAGCAAGCAAAGCAAAAGUGUGGGUGGGUACCUUAUCAGCACCAGAUGGAAGAAGAACUUCUGGCUCUUGGCUUAGUUAAAAAUAACUUAAGUUAGAUUAUCUGACUCUCUGUAAAAUGUGAACUUGCUAAGUGCUAACUAGAUCGUCCUUUGUACCAAUGAAAUAUCAUGAGAAGCUCUCUCCUCUGAGUGUCAUAACCGAUUGUAACUAAGCAUUAUAAAUAUGGUUAAUGUGAAUGCAUUCUUGCAUUAGUUUA